ACGAACAAAAGUGCAGCUUAGUGAGCUGGUUCCCAGGUUCACUCGAUCCUCACGCUUCUGCCAGCACCGCUUGCCCUGGCUGCGGUAAUUUCUCACCUGCUGUUUCGCAUGCCUCUUUUACCUUUCUAUAACCGCCAUCUCAGGUGCACACGUGUGCUGUGGGCGGUUCCUACGGAGAUGUGCUGCUGUUCACAAGCAUGUGCAAGGGCAAGCUAAACGUCCGCUCACCUGAGCUGCUGGCAGAACCAGUGCCCAGGUGAUGGUGCCACUCUACGCUAACUAUCCUCACUUGAGUCAAUGAUAUCCAGCGAACCCCCGAAAACAUUUUCUGCAGAAUAGUUCUUCCAUCCUAGAGAUGUUCAGCUCCUGAUACGCGGGCCAACAUAAAUCACACUGCGAUGUGCAUGUGCAUGUACAGUGCUGGCUUUGUCGGCGUCAGCAGCACCGAACCGUGCAGGUGUACGGGAAUACUCUAGCUGGUCUGUGCCCGCCCGCCACAUAGACGGUAAUUCAGAAAUUCGAUCUCGCACUGACUGUAAUUCGGCCAGGGGUAAUGAAAUUGAUACUCCUUACCGCAGAGGAUACAACUGUCAAGUCAUCGAAACAAUUGCAAAUUAUUAUAACCGCUGCCAUCGCUUCCCGGUUCGUCCAGCGUCACUGUCAACAUCAAGUCGCACUUUUUCCAGCUUCGCCACAUAAAUAUAUGAGCUGCUUUGCUUCUCGGGGUGGAUGAUGUGACGUAAGAGUGGUCAGCGUGACGUUCAGCUCCAGCGAACCCCUGAGGGUGGACCGUUCAGCGAGGAAAGACGCAACAUGGCUGAUCAAGUCAUGGAGACAACUUUUCUGGGUGUGACGGACACGGGUGUUGUCCGAAAAAGGAGCGUGAAAAAGCGCCUAACCCGAGACGACGACCAGAGCCAACGAACGUAUGGUCAGGCGAAGGAGGACUACCACCAGCUGGCUCUGCGCGUGCUGGGAGAACGGACAGUAGUCAACAACAUUGAGGUGCUGCAGGAGCGAUGGCGCAUGAUUAUGUUCAUGUACGACGACUGCUUGCAGCUGAUCCAGCAGUGCGACGACAGGCGUGGCAGGUUGAGUCGGCAGAGGCGCAGAAAACGCUUGUUGCUGCUGGUGGUAGUCUCUCUGGUCCUGUCCCUUGUCGUAAGCUUCAGCGCCUGGUGGGUGGCCAGACGGUUCUUGUAGCUGUCCAGUGUGCAAGCAUCACCUUUCGCGAAUAUUUUCGGACGAUACUCUGAAAAACUGAACGUGACGCAAAAGCUUGUUUUGGGGUUCCCAUUUAUGGUAGGGAGCAAGUCUGCCCAUGGGUGGGGAACUUGUACCAAAUUUUGGUAGCAAGCAUAUGCAUGUUUUAUCUUAGAUGGCACUUCCAUUCUCAUGUUCUUCCACUUGUGUAAAGCCUGGUUUGGCUGAGCAACCAUGUUUUAAAUGCAGAAAGCCUCACUUAAGUAUUUUGGAUUUUUGAGACUAUUAAACUAUUGAAUUUUGUUACACCACAUUGUUUGAUUUUAGCAGUCUAAUAUUGUGAUAGCUGUUAAGAUGAUUGAUUUUUUUUAAUAUUAAAAUGCAUUUCCAUAUUUUAGACUGUGAAUAUUUAGUAAAGUCAGGGAAACUAUUUGUUUGGUCCUAAAUAA